CGGAGCGUCCUUAAAACUCUGCCGUUAAAAUGGGGGCGGGUUUUUCAACUCAAAAAGCGCUCAAUUUUUUUCUUUUCAAAAAAAGCUGAUGAGGUCGGAAAAAAGGGAGAAGAAACCGGCACCUUCUCUGCAGCGGCAACAGAAGCAGCAAUUGUUUGAGCGAAAAAAGAAACAAGGGAGGGAGGGAAGGAAAAGAGCAGAAAGGGGGACGACGCGCAAGUGCCUGUAGGAGUGAAGGGAGCAAAGACUGGCAAUUUGGGGGGGACCAGCUACAAAAGAAACUAACUGUCACUGGGAGCGCUGCUGCUCGGGAGGAAGCAGUGCUGCCCGGCUUGGCUCCAGGGCACAGCUGGCUGCUGGCCGCUACCCUGUUGGCGGCACAGGCUGGGGGCACAGGCCGGGGGACCGCGAGAGGUUGGCGAAGUGGCACGGGACGCCGAAGCGGCUGGGCUCUCGCCGAGAGCGCGGCGGGACUGGCUGCGCCCUGGCGCUGUGGCGACUCUCCACAGUUGGAGCCUAGCUUAAGCUUCCCGGGAACCUUCCGCUCUCUGGAAGCCCCCAGAAAACCGGGAAAGGAAGGAGAAAAGCGGCGGCAGCUCAAUGAGUGCCUACAGUAGGAAGCCAGAGCUGCCUCGGUCGUAGGCGGGAAAUUACCGCUGGGCUGCCCGGUGCAGCCGCGAUGCUGCCACGACCUGCCCCAGUGGUCCGGGCCCCAUAGACGCUUCCCCACAUCGCUCUCCUUCCGCAGGCUGCCGGGAGUCGGUGGACCGGGUGGAGCCGGCAUGAAGGGCUUGCCGGGGGCCCGACGCGCGCCCGGCAGCCUGUGGAGAAGCGCUCCGAGCCCGGCUCCCACGGCCUCUGAGGCUCGGCGGGGCUGCGGCAGCGCGGCGGACCGGCUCCGGAGUCUUCCUGCGCGGCAUUAGCCCGCUGCUCGCCCCCGACGCGUCUAAAGGCUCCUCCUGCGAAGCCGAGACCACUGGGGAGUGGUUACGACCUGUAACUUGAGGGCCACGGAACUGUUACCCCCGUUUGCCUUUGGCGAUCAUCUUUAACCCCCGGGAGCACGUAAGCAUCCAGCCACCGCGGCGCUCUCCCUGUAGCGGAGGACUCGGGACUACCCCUUCCGCGCGACGGAUGGAGACCGAGCCCCCCGGAGGACCUGCCCCUGCAGUUCUGGCUUACGCAGCUCAAGUCACCACAGUGAACAAGGGACCCUAAAGAAUGGCCGAGCCUUGGGGGAACGAGUUGGCGUCCGCAGCUGCCAGGGGGGACCUAGAGCAACUUACUAGUUUGUUGCAAAAUAAUGUAAACGUCAAUGCACAAAAUGGAUUUGGAAGGACUGCGCUGCAGGUUAUGAAACUUGGAAAUCCCGAGAUUGCCAGGAGACUACUACUCAGAGGUGCUAAUCCCAAUUUGAAAGACCGAACUGGUUUCGCUGUCAUUCACGAUGCGGCCAGAGCAGGUUUCCUGGACACAUUACAGACUUUGCUGGAGUUUCAAGCUGAUGUUAAUAUCGAGGAUAAUGAGGGGAACCUGGCCUUACACUUGGCUGCCAAAGAAGGCCACCUCCCGGUGGUGGAGUUCCUGGUGAAGCACACGGCCAGCAAUGUGGGGCAUCGGAACCAUAAGGGGGACACCGCUUGCGAUUUGGCCAGGCUCUACCGGAGGAACGAGGUCGUUAGCCUGAUGGAGGAAAACGGGGCGGGGGGAGCUGUGAAUCAGCAAUGAAUGUGGGGAGGGGUGUCCCACGCUGCCUCUACUUUUUCAGUUAAUUGAUUGGCUGUCCUGCCUAUUUUAAUAGCAAUUGUUAAAAUUCAGCUUUGUUGUAUUUCAAGCAUCUAGUUAAAUCUUCUGACACUGCAUAAGCAGAAAUCUUGCUACAAAUUUAUGAAUAUAUUUAAACAUCUUUUUCACCAGAAAAAUGCUGAGUUCUAACAUGUAAUUGAAAAUAGCUUUGGCUUUCUUAUGAAUAUUUUAUCUUUCUUUGACUUUUUCCUCGCUUCUCCCUGUGUCACACUUAAUAAUCAACUUGGAUACUUUGUUUUAAAAAUGGUUUGUCCUGAUGCUCCUUUUGCCUAAUUAAAACACUUUUCAAAACAGGACAAUGUUUUUCUGUGAUUUCCACUCCUCUAU